AACGAGUUCGUCUCAGAUGUCACUCCUCUUCACGUAGCCGCUCAGAAAGGUCGCACGCCGGUUGUCAUUGAUCUCAUGAAGGCGGGCGCGGAUGUGAACGUCCCGAGUUCGGAUGGCGCUACGCCACUUUUGUGGGCCGCCAGCAACGGGCAUGAAGCUUGUGUGGCGUUGCUUAUCCAGGCCGGCGCCGACGUCAAC